AAUUCUAUAACGAUCUGAAAGCGCGCCGCCGUAGUAGAUCUGUGCAUUGACCACCGCUUACCUCCUCACAGCUGCUCCGCACCGCCCUUGCUCCGCCAGGUAGAGUUAUGACCUAAGCUCAUUUGCGGCUCAACCUCUCGUCUUCCUUUUGCGUUAAGAGCAAGGUGCGGAGUUUUGAGUUGAGUUCUUAUCAGCUACUCGCGAUUGGUCGCAAGUUCAUCUGCCUGGAUCCACUCGUCCAGCAUCAAAGAUUGGGUAGAAGAACAAAAUGCAAGUUGAAAGUGCUCUGUCUGUAAUUGGCCCAAGGCCUUCUGAACUGUCUAGUCCCUUCGGUGGACCCCAAGCACUUGGUCCAAAUGGAAAACAGCGAACAUCAGGCUUGGAAUCUCCAAUCAUGUUGCUGACUGGUCAUCAAAGUGCCGUUUAUACAAUGAAGUUCAAUCCUGCAGGAACUGUGAUUGCAUCUGGCUCGCACGACAAAGAAAUCUUUCUCUGGAACGUUUAUGGUGAUUGCAAAAACUUCAUGGUCUUAAAAGGGCACAAGAAUGCUGUCCUGGAUGUCCAGUGGAUGACCGAUGGAUCAGUCAUAAUAUCUGCUAGUCCGGAUAAGACGCUAAGAGCUUGGGAUGUUGAAACUGGAAAACAGAUAAAGAAAAUGGUGGAACAUUCGUCUUUUGUUAACUCAUGCUGUCCCGCUAGAAGGGGUCCACCUCUCAUUGUGAGUGGCUCUGAUGACGGGACUGCCAAACUUUGGGAUAUGCGCCAAAGAGGGGCCAUACAAACAUUUCCAGACAAAUAUCAAAUAACUGCAGUGAGUUUCUCGGAUGCCUCUGAUAAGAUAUACACAGGUGGCAUUGAUAACGACGUGAAAGUAUGGGAUAUACGUAGGAGUGAAGUCACUAUGACACUUCAAGGACAUCAUGACACUAUAACAGGUAUGUCGCUGAGUCCCGACGGCUCUUAUCUUCUGACCAAUUCCAUGGACUGCAGUCUCCGUAUCUGGGACAUGCGGCCUUAUGCUCCACAGAAUAGGUGUGUUAAGAUUCUCGAAGGGCACCAACACAACUUUGAAAAGAAUUUGCUGAAGUGUGGCUGGUCACCCGAUGGAAGCAGAGUUACAGCUGGCAGUUCUGAUCGCAUGGUUUACAUAUGGGAUACAACUUCAAGGCGGAUUUUGUAUAAACUCCCAGGGCACAAUGGAGCUGUGAAUGAAUGUGUUUUUCAUCCAUCCGAACCUAUUAUUGGUUCAUGUAGUAGUGAUAAACAGAUAUAUCUUGGUGAGAUUUGAGCGUUCCGAAUGCAUCUGUCAGGUACACAUCUGGAAUCUUGAAUGUACUAUAUUUAAUUCUAGCCGGAUUUAAUUUACUGUGUUCUGCAAGAUCAUCAUGGGCUUUCCCUCACUUUUUGGAGUUUGUAGAACUGUGAUGUGUGUAAUAACAUUGACUCGAUUGGGUGUUUGAAUCACUUUAUCACUCACUUGGUUUGAAUACCUAUACUAAUAACUUACUAUACAGUGC